UCUUUUGUUUCUUUGCUUCAAUAUUGUUCAUUCUCCCCUACCAUUCUCUCCGUAGGUUCUUCAAAUCCAAUCGCCGUCAAUAGUCGCUCCCUCCCGGAACUCUCGGUUGGCCUUACAUCGGAGAAACCUUCCAGCUCUACUCUCAAAACCCAGAUGUCUUCUUUUCUUCCAAGCAGCAAAGGUAUGGCUCCAUAUUCAAGACACAUAUACUAGGUUGUCCUUGUUAAUGAUGUCCAGCCCCGAAGCUGCCAAGUUCGUGCUGCUCACCAAAUCUCAUAUCUUCAAGCCAACAUUCCCCGCAAGUAAAGAGAGGAUGCUAGGCAAACAAGCCAUCUUCUUCAGCCGAGGACAGUACCAUGCCAAGUUGAGGAAGCUUGUUCUUCGUGCCUUCAUGCCCGACGCCAUCAAAUAAUCGGUUCUGAACAUCGAAUCCAUCGCCUAACAUUCCCUUCGACCAUUGGAAGGCCGCCUCGUAAAAACUUUCCAAGAGAUGAAAACAUACGCAUUUAAUGUUGCCCUGCUAUCGAUAUUCGAAGAGGAUCAAGUGGUUUACCGGGAAGAUCUGAAAAGAUGCUACUACGUUCUCGAGAAAGGAUACAACUCGAUGGCGAUCAACCUCCCCGAUACACUUUUCAACAAAUCAAUGAAAGCGAGGAAUGAGAUUGCCCGGAUUUUAGCUGAAAUCAUAUCGACCAGGAGGCAAAUGAAACCGGAUUGCAAUGACUUGCUCCAGUCUUUCAUGAGUGAUAAAGAAGGCCUCACCGACGAACAAAUCGCCGACAACAUCAUCGGUGUUAUUUUCGCUGCUCGCGACACCACUGCCAGCGCAUUGACGUGGAUAAUUAAGUAUCUGGGAGAAAACCCCAGCGUUCUUCAAGCCAUCACUGAGGAACAAGAGGCCAUAAUGAGGGGCAAAGAGGAGCAAAAACUGAGUUGGGAAGCUACAAAGAAGAUGCCCAUAACAUCUAUGGUGAUUCAGAAGACGCUUAGGGUUGCUUCCAUUUUAUCUUUUACCUUCAGAGAAGCAGUUGAAGAUGUUGAAUAUGAAGGGUAUCUAAUACCAAAGGGAUGGAAAGUGUUACCACUAUUUAGAAACAUUCACCACAGCCCAGAAAUCUUCCCAGAUCCCGAAAAGUUCAAUCCCUCAAGAUUCCAGGUGGCAUAUGGUGGGUAGUAACAGCGGGAUACA